GACCAUCUCCCUGAAGGAGGACAAAUGAAUGGACUGGACAACUCUGAAAGGGAAGCUCAGAGCCUGACAGAUACAGAGAAAGCCAGCAGUGGUGCAGUACUCCUGCUGCCUUGGCACCAAUCCAAGUGGUCCUUGAACACUAUCCUUUUGGUCUGAGGGUGAAGAAGCUACAAGAAGUCUUGAGAGAGAAGCAUAAAUUUGACUUGAAGACAUUCUGCAGCAAACUGGGCUACAAAGACGUGAUCUCCAUCUUGCGGGACAUUCCUGGGCUGUGUCUCCAAGACAGCAGAAAGACCCGGAAUUGUGUUGUUCAGCUUCAAACAUGUAGGGCAAAAUUUGCAGUGCUUCAUCUUAUGUGGUUUUGGGCUGGGGUGCCAGUUCCACUGUUGGCAUGGACCAAGGAGAUAAUAUUUGUUUUCUUGGAGAGGAGAUCAAGAUGAAGCUUGGCGAAGUUGCUUUGUAUAGGGUGAAGCAGCAACAAUGUGGGGCUUGGCAUGUGGUAGGUUGGGGUUUUGUCAGCCUGGGUUGCAUUUCAAGAGCCCCACGUGGUGGUUUGUUUUAGUUGGAGCAAAACUAAUUCUAUUAAUUGUUUAAAUGACUAUUAAUGCACAGCAUCCAGAUUUGCACAUCAUGGAGAACACCCAGUGAGUGCAAUCAGAUGUAGUAUAUUCAGAAUGGUGAGACACAUUAAGUACAAUAAAAACAAUGGUAAAAGUAAGUUGGGCUUGUUCCCAUGUAGGUGGGAACUAGAGGGUAAUUCCAUAAGGUACUGAAUAAAGCUUGCCUGUGUGCUGUUAUCAUCCUAAAUAUGCAACCUCUGGGUGACUCAGCCUGUGGUUGCUCCAUUAUGUGAACCUGGACACUGCAAGUUAAUUGUGAGUUAACCCAAGGUGAAGGAGUCGUUACAUUAACUUCGGUUGUUUAACCCACAACUAACCUACAGUGUCAGGGUUCACAUGUUACCAAGCACCCUCCAGUUGUGCUUGUCUGAGGCUGUAUAGGGAAAAUAGCAACACAAGCUGUUGCAAUUGAUGAGUUGUCUAACCCACAGUUUGCUGCUUUUACUUGACCAUUAACAGAAUAGUUUCCAAAGCAGCAAUCACAAUUAAAGAUUAUUUAAGACAGAUAAAUGUCUGAGCAACUAAAACAUUGAGAAAGAUUAUUUUAAAACAGAAUGUUAAACAUACUAGAAAUAAAGCAACUAUUACGCAUUUAAGACAGGCUUGGGAGAAUUAGAAAGUGUUUGCCUGGUGCCAAGAGGUCAGCAAAAGAACUGGUACAUGGGCUUCUGUGAGGAGAUGCACACUGGGUCCUGUUGGACUUCCUGUUCCAGAGUGGAGGGUGGAUAAGCACGAAUAUACACUUUGUGUAACCCGCAGUCUUAUAGGGAGUAGACGCUGCCAGGCGAGUAUAUAUAACAAAAAGAUAAGGGAUAGAUAGUCCUUGAAAGAAGAAAGAAGCCUUCAAACUAGGCAAAAGGAAGAUGCAGCAGACGUGUAUUAGAUGACCAGGUUGUGCCUUACAUAGCUAUAUAAUGCGUGUUUUGGGGGACAACUGGUGAGUCUUUGCUUUGGGCACCCCCCAUUGUUCUCCACUUUGUUUUUUAGUGCAUAAGAGUAAAGCUUGGUCUUUGCUCAUAGUCUAAUCUCUAGACUCUGGAUUGGCAUGAUUUUGGGGUCCCUCUGGCUGUUACCUGUCACCUGGCUUGUAUGGCUUGAUCUGGCAACACACUAGCCUGGCAGAGUCUACGCCCUACAGUUAGCAAGACAUAUUGCAACUUUAGAGUGGCAUAAACCAGUUUUUGCUGGUCCUUUGAAGAUCUCAAGGUCAUGUUAGCUUGCAGGCUGCAAGUGUCACAAAGUGCAUAUUUGCUCUUAUCCACCCUUCCCUCUGGAACAGAAAGUCCAACAUGGAUCCAGUAUGCUUGAUCCGACAACAGAGGGAAUUCUGCAAUUUGGGGACCACCACCAAAAAGGCGCACUCUGCAGUUCCUGCCUUUAGCCUGACCUCAGUGGCAAUGUGCAGGCUGUCUCUCUCCCUUGUCUCCCAGCUGUAAGACUUGUUAAAGCAGUGCAAGCCACAACAGUAAUGGGCUUUUGAAGAGGUGCUCUUUGGACGCCUGGCAAGUUUCAUAUUGUGUCUUGUUUGUCUGCUUUACCAGGUCCUUGUAGCCCUGCUGUUUCCCUGGACACAGAUUUUUCUGCAUGCAGCUCAAACACCCUUCCUGAAGGACAAACAUCAGGUAAAGCUGCCCCAAGUACUCAGACUGACAAGGAGCAUCUGCUGUUGACUCAUGGACGGUUAACUGCUUCUACGUUUUUUUGUGUUCUUAACUCCAAGGCUGGGACCAGUAUUUGUUUGGGAUGGAGUUAGUCUGCAUAAAAGCUGACCUUCUGGGGGAAGGGUUGCCCUGUGUGUUUGUGUGUUUCACCCCAGCCCCCAUCAGAUCUUCCUGGAAGACUUUCUAAAAGAAGGAUUGCAGAUCCAUUGUCUGUCAUGGGUCCCUUUAUUCUGAGCAGACCUCCAGAAAACAAACUGAGUGAUUCCACUGCCUUAUUUAUUUAUUGCAUUUGUAUCCUGCCCCAUAGCCAGAAGGCUCUUUGGGCAGCUCACAGUGCACUCAUAAACAGUAAUACAGAUAAAAAUAGAAAAUGCAGAUACAAAUGGAUGACAGUAAUAACUAAAACAUAAAACAGAAUAGAAAUGCAAUGUAAAUACAACUGGGGAUAAUCACAGUGUAAACAAUACUGUAUAGCAAUAUAAAUAAUCAACCAGCAGCAAGAUUUUCUUCCUACAUAGAGAAGACCCAUCAGAUCAGAGAGCAGCAUGGAUCACCCUGGGAUGCAGUGGGGGAAAUACAUUGGACGCUGCAACGGCCUACCAUGGAUGGGAUACCUCCUUUUUUGAUGCUCGUGCAAUGAGGGAGACCAGUUGCUGUUGCUUGGCUUCCGAAGUGGUUUACCACUGCUGCCUUCUGGGCUUGUUUUAAUUCCUAUUCCCUCUUCCGGUAGGUAGCUGCAGCCCAGCUGUGUCUCUUGACGGCGAUUUCUCUCCUUCCAACUCAGAUGGUGUUUCCCAGAGGCUGAUAGCCAAGAAACCUGACCUGGCUGCUGCCCUGGUGCCAAUCCUAGACGUUCUUGGAGGCCACCCCCUUGGUCUGAAUGUGAAAGCUCUGCAGGAAAACCUGGAGAAGAAACACCAAUUUGAUUUGGAGACUUUGAGCCAAGAUCUGGGCUAUGAAGAUGUUGUGUCGUGCUUACUGCACAUGCCGGGCCUCAGAUUUUCUUUCGUAAAUGGCAAAUGGCCCCACAACUGCAUAGUCCAGCUUCUUUCAAAUAGUCUCAGCACUACCUCUGAGUUGCCCAGUGCCGGUGCCUCUUCGGAUGAACCUUUGUCUUCCAGUGGGUCAAACGUGUCCUCUCACAAGUUGACAAACCCCCCAAUAGCUUUCCCAGCUUCCUGCAGCUCUGCAUCAUCCCAGGCCAGCACUUCAUCCUCCUCAGUCUCAGGACAGUUAGCCAGCAAAUCAAAAAAGCGGAAGCAAAACAUUCUGGGAAAGAAACUUGUGCUGUCAGAAGUCUUGGCUGUAGUCACCAGCCUUCUAACCACGUACAAGAGUGGCCUGCGGGUUAAAAAGUUGAAAGAGUUCUUGCUGGCUAAAGAAAGAAUUGAUCUGGAGCAGUUCAGCAUUGCCCAAGGCCACAAAGACACACUGGAAUUUUUGGAGCGUCAAAUGCCUAUGCUGAAUAUCAGAUACCAAGAGAACAGACUGAACUGUGUCAUUUUUCUUGGAUCAGGAAGAGAAGACAGAAACAGCAAACAGCCUUGUACAAAGGUUCAAAAGGAAACAAGCAGCAAGUGUCCUGCUGUUGUCUCCCUCCCUGCUUCGAGUAAUGCCCCUGUGCAGUUCUUGGGGCCAUCAAGAAAGGCUGAGUCAGUAAAUGCUGCACCAGGGUUUAGAGAGGUGCCUACAGCUUCAUUCACCUUUGAUGAUAUCUCUGCAAGUAAAUUUCCAAUUCCAAGUUGCCCUGUUGCUGUUGAUUUAGUGUCCCAACCAACAGAAAGCUGUCUCCGCAUCAGCAAGGACAUUGAAUCACCAGUGAUUUCAAACUUUCCAUCCCUUCGGGAGUCCCAUGCUGCUUCAGCGGACAAGAAUCCCUCCCAGUCUGUCUCUGGCAUCCCACCCCAGUGGCCGAGCAUAUGCCGGUCUGGUGGUCUGCCACCAGCGAAAGAGGCACCGAGCCCAUCAGAUGCCCGCCGGCCAAGUGAACCCAGCCUGACCAAGCCCCAUCCCCCAAAGGACCUGAAUGAACUGAAGUGGCAGGUGAGCCGAAUCCUAGCCAUGCAUCCGAAGGGCAUGUCCCUAUUCCAGUUCCGUGCUGCCUACAGUGCUAUCUAUCAGCAACAUCUGCCACUAGGCACUGCUUCCUCUGCCAAGCACCGUCUUCUGGAGAUGCCAGAUGUGGUUUGUCUGAAGGGCUAUGGUGUCCAAACUGUGUUGCUGCCAGUUUCACAGCAGAUGUCUCCAGCAAAAUCUGGUCAGCCUGCCUCUUCCAAAGUGGAAAACGCUGCAAUGCUUCCUGGUCCCUCUUUGCCCAAAACUGUGUCCACAACCAAAUCGGGAACAGUUCUCAAGCAUUCUUCUCCUACAGUUCCAGUGGUACCUCGGCCCCGUCCUGUUUCUGCCUGGGCUUCAGACCAACCCAGAGAGCCUGGCAGUGAGGAUGGCGUCCUUUUCCAUCCGCGUCAAUCCCUGAGAGCACCAAAAAUUAUAGCUCCUAGGGAAAGCCACAGGAGGAGUGGAGUCGAUUGCUCAGGUCAGGUAGACCUGCCUAAAGAGGCUACAGUUGUUCCUGGUCAUUCUUUGCCUGAUGCCAACCCUGCAGAGGCCCCCAACUCUUGCCUUAAGCAUUCACAUCACAAUGUGCCUGUCCCUCAGCCCCAUCUCUCUCUUCUCCAGUCUUCUAACUGCCUUGAAGCCACAAUCCACGAAGCAAAUCAUGUGCUGCUGCAGCCCCAGAAAGCACCCAAACCUAUAACUUCUGUGCAAAAGCAGCUGAAAACCAGCUCCAAGCCAGUCCCACAUUCACCUGUGAUUUGCCCUCAAGAUUCCCAAGCUGCAGGAUGGGAUGAAAGUAUGAAGCUGCUCAGCAUUGAAUCUCAGCCUGGCAUUUCUGGCAAUGGUGCUCUGGCUUCUAGGUCUGUUUCUGCUAAUCCUGCCAUUUGCAUGCAUCAACUAAUGCACCCUCCUCUCAUGUCUUUUCUGGAAAUCCCAAAGAUCCCCCCUCUCCACCCAGCAUCAUUUCCUCCAGUUUCUGAAAACACCUCUACAAUCCAGUUUCCAAAACCUGUGUUGCAGAGCUCCUAUUGUAUCCAGCCUGUGCCCUCAGUUGAGCUGUUUCAGCCAAUUUCAUCCAUCCAAGUUACCAAUCAAAGGGUAUAUGUUCAUGCUGCUCCAGUACUGGAUCCAUUUUAUCAGAGCCAGAAACCGUCCAGAAGUCUGCAAAGUGUCCAAAGCCCCGCUCAUGGGCUUUCUGCAAGGACACCUGUCUCUUCACCAUCCAAAAAGUCAACUGCCAUCUGCCUGCAGAAAUCCCAGACAGUCCAGCCUCCAGAAUGUGACAACCCUAUGCAGCUGGGUGAUCUGCAACACUCGUCUGCUUCUGCACCAGAUAAGUGUUCCACAUUUGCAUCUUUGAACAGAAACCCUUCUGAGCUUCUACCAUCCAGCUGUAAGGAACAAUAUGAUGAUGUGAGCUCUCCUUUACCCCGCUUAAGCGCACAGUCAUUCAGUGUGCAGUCUGCUCCCAGCAAGGCAUCCCCACAGCCUGUCAAUUUUCCCUCUACUUUGAACAGUAGUUCCAACGUUCAGCUUUUGGACCAUUCAGUCUUCAUUUCUGAGCAGCCAUGCAUCAAUGGGAGUACUGUCGCAAGCACAAAACCAGUAUGCUCACCACAUUAUCCUCUGGGCUCGACCAUCAGCCCAUCCUGUCAGCUCCCCUGUGCUCCAUCAGGCAUCAACAACAAUUCUGAGGACUUGCCCACUGCCCCUUCAGCCUUGGCACCUCAGCAACAAGACACUAAUGGGAACAAUGUCGUGGCCACCUUGGACACGAGUCUGGCAAACGCACUGCUGUCUCCUCCGGACACUGCCAGCAGCCUAUCCCAAGAGCCUUUGUCCACGUUUGGUGUCUGCAGUGAUUCAGAUGGUCUACCUUCAGAGCCCCCGGCCUUAGUGCAUCAACAGCAAUGUGCUAACAGUGUGAGUACUGCCAUGGACUUGACAAAACCUCCGUACUCGGCAACUUCUCUUCAAGACUGUGUUGCCAACCCGUGUGACCAGCCUUCCUCUCCCUCUUCAAGUGUCGAUACAGAUCAUGAUGUUCCAAGCCAAUCUAAUCCUGUGUCUGUGCUUUCCAAACCAUCUGACAAUUCUCAUGCCUCUUUGCCAGAAAAGCAGGUGCCUUAUUCUGCUCCCGAGAGCAAUCCUAUUCACACAAGCUUUGACAGAUGUAUUAUCCUAUAAUAGGAAGAAAGGCUUUUGCACAUUUCAAAUGUGCUUCUCCAUAAUCCACAUGCAACCAUCCCCUUGCACAUUCAUUUACUUAGUGUGGGUGAAAUCCAGGGAUUCUUGGAUUGUUCUUGGGAAUGGCAAUCCAUGUACUGCAAUAUUAUCCCCUCCUCCCACAAUCAUUCCCUAUCAUUGCUUCCCAGAUAGAAGCAUAAAGUGGGAGUAUAGGAAAAUCCUGUGAGGGUAGGUGGAUCUUAAACACUAAGAGAAUGUGAAAUAGAGAGGUGAAAGCAGGUCUUGUUUACCAGCAAAUUUCCUAUGUAAAUGUCAAUGAUAUUCAGAGUGUCAGACUAGCAUCAGGGAGACCAAGGUUUUAAACCUUCAACUUGCAUCAAUAUGAAAUAUAGCAUUACUUCCAUUUAAGGUCUUUUUAUAACCCCAGGCAAAAGUAUAAUUACACUUUUGUAAAUUAGCAAAAGAAUGUGAGUCUGGGAUCAUUGAGAAAUUCCAUAAUGCAGGUUGAAAGUUUUAAAUCUCCCAUUUCUCCAUGCAGCUCACAGUGGGCCUGCCAUUUCAGCGCAGCCUUAACCACAGGGCCAUUGUUAGAAUUUUGUAGAGAAGAUGUAUAGAUGUUACAUGUUGUAUAGAAGUCAGCAUCUUCUAUACCACCUGAGCUCCUUGAAGGAAAGAUCAAAUAGUGGUUUUUUAAAAUGUUUUUUGCCAAAAAGGACCAACCCUGUGACCUGUGUGCAUUAUGCAAAUGAAGUCAGUCAUGCACAAUUGCUUAUUUUGCAUAAUUUCCCCCUAUUCAUGGGGAAGAGCAAGAAGCAGAGAACUGAGUUCUCAUCUGAGUUUCUUUUGGCUUCCUUCUAUAUAAACUUGGGUAUGAUGCAUAAAAAUGACUCCGGGAUUAUUUGAUAUUUUUAAGUACUGCAUCAGGGAAACUUUGUAAUUCUAUUAACUUCUAAUGCUAUUUUAAUGUUCAUGCUAAAUUAUAAUAAAUGGUAACCAUC